GUCCAGGGAGUUGGAGAACCAACUCCGCGAUACGACGAAGCAUUUCGAGGAGAAGAUCGCCGGUUCUUUCUGCCUGCAGCGACAGCUCGCCGAUGAGAAGCUGCGGGCGGUGGCCUGCAAAGCCUGUGCUCACACCGCCCGAGACAUAGUCUCUGGGGAGGAGCUCAGGCGCAGCGAGGAGCUUGCCACCCAACUCCGGCGGAGGCGGCUGGAUUUGCGCCGCACCUGCGCCAGCUACGUCCGUCAGGAGAGGCUCCGAAUGGAGGCCAUCGCUGGUAUGGAGAGCUCGCGACAAGCUGCCAAGGUGGAGCGAGCCUGGCGCGAGGCGCAGGAGGUGCUACAACGAGCGCUGCCUCUGUGCAAGGGAGAGGACAGCAACGCGCAGCCUCUGGUGACUGCGCUUGCAGAACAGCCGGCGCAGCCACUGGAGGAGCUGCUCAAUCUUCCUGCGCCUGAAGAUGCGGCAGCUUUUUUUGCAGAGGCCGGCGCAUCUCAAACAUGCAUCGAUUGCAAGCUUCCUGAUGCCGACUGGGCCAGCGUCUCUGUUGGAGCCUACCUCUGCGUAGACUGCGCAG